AAAUGGGUAAUCGGGAUGUAUCCAAGAUCCAAUGUGUGUAUAUCCUCAGGGGCGGGCGAGUCCGGGAAGUCCACUUUCAUCAAACAGAUGCGUAUCAUCCACGGCAGCGGUUACUCGGACGAGGACAAGCGGGGGUACAUCAAGCUGGUGUUUCAGAACAUAUUCAUGGCCAUGCAGUCAAUGAUCAAGGCCAUGGAUAUGCUGAAGAUUUCCUAUGGUCAGGGAGAGCAUAGUGAACUGGCCGAUCUGGUGAUGAGCAUCGAUUACGAGACCGUUACCACGUUCGAGGAUCCAUACUUGAAUGCCAUCAAAACGCUUUGGGACGAUGCUGGCAUCCAGGAGUGCUAUGAUCGUCGUAGGGAAUAUCAGCUGACUGAUUCAACUGAAUAUUUCUUGAGCGACAUAAGUCGAAUUGGACAGGCUGAUUACUUGCCAACCGAGCAGGAUAUUCUGUGUGCCCGAGAGCCGACAUUUAAUAUUCAGGUCUAUCCUUUUGAGUUGGAUGGCCUUAUGCUGAGUAUGGUGGAUGUUGCAGGCCAGCGAACCGAGAGAAGAAAGUGGAUUCAUUUUUUUUCGAAUGUAUCAUCAAUUAUAUUUUUGGCAGCACUAUCGGAAUACGAUCAGUUCAUGAUGGGAUCCGAAAACGAAAAUCGGUUGGAGGAAUCAAAGGCUUUAUUUCAUACUAUAAUAACAUUCGAGUGGUUUCAAAACGCUUCAAUCAUCCUUUUCCUAAACAAGAAGGACGUGUUGGAGGAGAAAAUAAUGUAUUCGCAUUUGGCAGACUAUUUUCCUGAUUACGAUGGUCCACCACAAGAUGCAAAUGCUGCCCAAGAAUACGUGCUACAGUUGUUUGAAGACGUUAGUUUAGAUACACCUAAAAAGAUAUAUUCCCAUUUUACCUGUGCUACAGAUACGGAAAAUAUUACGUUUGUGUUCGCCGCAGUUAAGGAUGCCGUUUUGCAAUGCAACCUAAAAGAAAGUAAUUUGUUUUAAUUUUAGAUGUAGAACACCGCUUUACUUUUCCAAAGUAGAUUUUAUACUUUUAUA